AUGCCUGCGUCGAAAUUAGAAUGUUGUUGUGGGAGGGGGGAUUGUGCGUAUCUUGAGCAUAAUUCAGCUGCUCUGGCUGAGUUGGAACGGGAUGUGGAAACUGCUGCACGGCUUGGUCAGGCCCUACUUGACCGUCAUGAAUCCUACAAAGUCGAAGCUGAGAGCACUCGGGACCGGAUGACCGCGGAGAUGGAGAAACUGCAAACGAGCAAGAAAGAGACCGAAGCCGAAAAUGCACGGAUCGUGGAAGAGAACCGUGGCCUGCUCGACCAGCUAGAAAAGUUGAACCAGCUGCUGAUAGAGUCGGAUGCGCAGGUUAGAACCUUGACCACUACAUUGCAGAGUACCCAGUUGGAAGUCAGACGAUUAUCAUCUUCUACCAAACGUGUUGAGCAGUUGGAGGAGCAACUACUUCAGCUCGAGAACGAGCAGGCCAAACUGGAGGAUACUCUCAUCCUGACCCAAGAAAGCGAGAGUGUGGCAAUCCAAAGAUGGAGGAAAGCCGAGUGUGCGCUCGGGGAUCUGCAUGAUCAAGUAGAUCGGAUAGAAAGGGAAGCUCGAAAAGAGCGUGAGCGGCAUGUCGAGCUUAUCGGGAGGCUAGAAAGGAGACGGAUGGUUGAAAGAGAACUUGAUACGGCUGCCGGCCGGAUCAAAGGUGCCGCAGCUACUGCAUCGCUAUCGCGGAACGGAACCGGGACGAAUGUGGUCUCUCAUUUUGUACGGGAUAUAUUGAAGGACAAUGCAAGUCUCCAACAAUGUGUUACCGAGCUGAAGGAGAUGCUUCAUAAUUCAAAUGAGGAUGUCAAAUAUCUACGCGAGCAACUUCUACUGCACCAGCCUCUUGACCCCGUCCCGAGUGAAGAGCAUACAUACGGCAACCUUGUUCCCCUCAGCGAGGAACUUGAGGAAGACAAGAUACCGGAUCAAAUGCCACAGGAAAUUCAUAUUCACCAUCAUUUCCACCAUCCAAUUCCAACGCCAUCGAGAAAGGAAAAAUCUAUCCCCAUACUUCGGCGUCAACGGAAAAGACGUCCCGUCUUACCCCCAACUCUUCACGAAAAUCCCUCUCGGGCUAUCCCAGUGUCACAGGCAUUGCACAGGCCUACCAACUCAGCAUCAUCCGUUGCUAGCGCAUUUUCCCAGGCUUCAUCUUCACUACCAGGAGCGGGGUCUGCCCUCUCCUCGAUACCUAGCUCACCGCUUUCCGGGUAUAGAUCGUCGUCUAUCUUUGACCGCCACGAUUCGGGUUUUGAAUCAUCGCGUCCCACUAGUCCAGAGAGCGUAAUAUUUUCGCCUCCGCGGUACAACAAACAGAGUCAUCGUCCGAGACUUUCAGAUGCCUCCUUCCGCUCUAUUAUUGAAACUGAUGAGCUUGAUAAUGGUGGAUCGUCUCUGCCCUCAGUUGAAGGGCUAGCUGACCCACGGCAUGACAACGAUGAGCAUCAACCGCUCGAGGGCAGAGGAGCAGAAAACGUUAUUGUCGAGGAAGCACAUAACCCACAACAAGAGCAUGACAGCGAAGGCAUUAGCUCAUCGAAAUGCAAUGGUUUAUCUAGUGGCCCUGAUGAUGAAUUGACGCGCGACCUGAACUCGUCUGUCCAGCCGCUAGGUGAUGCUCUGGAAUUCCAUACCAGUACCCCGAUUCAAUCACCCAGAAUUUCUCAUCAACUUCAUCGUUCUAAUUCCCAUGAGAGUCUUUUGUCUGUUUCUGGCAUGGAUUUGCAUACGACAAGCAAACAUCCCGCCUUAGCCUUACGAGGAAACCCAAGUUUCUUCCCAAAACCUCCAAAGCGUGUCUCGAAUACGAGCAUCAUGUUACCAUCUCCCUCGCCAAUAAUAUCGAAGACGAAUGCGAUUGUACCCAAAGCAUCUUUGACCGGGGAGCAAACUUCAGUUUCCUUACUUUCUUCCGUGGUAUCCUCCAAUACGAGAGGGACUUUCCGUGCUGUAUCCGACAGCGCUUCCCAAAUCCACAGCGAUGCCGCUUCCACCAUUUCAGCAUCGUCAGAGUCUAACGUACCCUCAAAGGCCGGGUCAUCUGCUCGAACUAUUGGCAUUAGAAAGCGCAUGGGCAGCUGGGUCAGAGAAAAGUGGUCCACAAACACAGUGGAUGAACCAGGCAGCACCGCUUCUUCACUGACGAUAGGGUCCUUGGUGCCAAGACCGCCAGGUGUUAACCAGAGCGGCCCUAUACUUGGCCUACGCCCUCCUCCGCCCGCGCCAGUGUCACUUCAUCCAAAAAACCUCAAUCACGACCUGCUACAAGAAUCCUUACUCGAGGAGUAA